GGUGACCGAGCAAGAAAUACUGUUUGAGGAUCAAGCUCAUUACAGCGCCGAGCCGCGUGUGACUCACGGCCUCUCGGCGUAAUCUCUGCCUUGCUCCGCUGGGUCCCGGUGCGCGGCGGGGGGCAGGAGCACGUCGAGACCUUGCUGAAAAAGAGCACAGAGCAGCCCAGAGAUUGAGGCCGAGGUGCUGAUCCGGGCGCCGCCGACCCCAGCUGCCGGGAGGAAUCCAUGAGCACACGGCCUUGGAUAUGGACAUCGUCCUGUCGGAUUUUGUUCGCUCAACGGGGGCAGAGCCGGGACUGGCCAGAGACCUGCUGGAAGGUAAAAACUGGGACCUGAGCGCAGCCCUGAGCGACUUCGAACAGCUACGGCAGGUGCACGCGGGGAACUUGCCGCCCUCCUUCAACGAAGGACGAGGCUACAAACCCCCAGAGAAGGAGGCAGCCCGUGCGGGGCGACCGCCGCUGCAGCGGCAGGAUGACAUCGUGCAAGAAAAACGCCUGUCUCGAGGCAUUUCCCACGCCAGCUCCACCAUCGUCUCCCUGGCCCGUUCCCACGUCUCCAGCAACGGCAGCAGCGAGCACCUGCUGGAGAUGCCCAUUUCCACCUUCCAGUUGCCCGACCUCACGGUGUACACCGAGGAGUUCCGCAGCUUCAUCGAGCGAGACCUCAUCGAGCAGUCGAUGCUGGUGGCGCUGGAACAGGCCGGUCGCCUGAACUGGUGGGCGAACGUGGACCCCAGCUGCCAGCGGCUGCUCCCCCUGGCCACCACGGGUGACGGGAACUGCCUGCUGCACGCCGCCUCCCUGGGUAUGUGGGGUUUCCACGAUAGAGAUCUCAUGCUCCGCAAAUCCCUUUAUACCUUAAUGGAUAAAGGUGUGGAAAGGGAAGCCCUGAAGCGGAGGUGGCGCUGGCAGCAAACGCAGCAGAACAAGGAGUCUGGUCUCGUUUACACCGAAGAGGAGUGGCAGAAGGAGUGGAACGAGCUGAUCAAGUUGGCCUCCAGCGAGCCUCGCGUGCACUACGGCACCAACGGAGGCAACUGCGGCGGCGUUGAAAGCUCCGAGGAACCUGUGUACGAGAGCCUGGAGGAGUUUCAUGUCUUUGUCCUGGCCCACGUGCUGAAGAGACCCAUAGUAGUGGUGGCAGACACGAUGCUGCGGGACUCGGGGGGAGAAGCCUUUGCCCCUAUUCCCUUUGGAGGCAUCUAUCUUCCCCUGGAAGUCCCAGCCAACAAAUGCCAUCGUUCCCCUUUGGUUCUGGCGUACGACCAAGCCCAUUUCUCUGCCCUGGUCUCCAUGGAGCAGAAGGAACCCACGAAAGAUCAAGCUGUGAUCCCCCUGACAGACUCCGAGCAUAAGCUGCUCCCUGUGCACUUCGCCGUGGAUCCCGGGAAGGAUUGGCAGUGGGGGAAAGACGACAGUGACAACGUCAAGCUGGCCAGUGUGACGCUGUCGUUGGAGGCCAAGCUGCACCUGCUGCACAGCUACAUGAAUGUUAAAUGGAUCACGUUGCCUUGUGACAUGCAGGCGCCGCUGGCCCAGCCAGAAUCCCCUACAGCCUCUGCGGGAGACGACGCUCGAUCAGCUGCGGAGUCAGGGGAGUCCGACAAGGAGUCGGUCUGCAGCAGUUCGGCAAGCAACGGUGGCAGCAGGGGUUGCAAGGACAAAGAGAAACCAAAGAAAGACCGAGAAAAGGACAAGGAAAAGGAUAAAAAACGGGCAGACUCGGUUGCUAACAAGCUGGGCAGCUUUGGCAAGACUUUGGGAAGUAAGCUAAAAAAGAACAUGGGAGGGUUGAUGCACAGCAAAACGAUGAAGGGAGGCGUGAGCAAUGGGCAGGGAGAUACCUUGGAGAAGAAAAAGAAGGGAUCCUUGAAGUCAAGGAAAGGAAGCAAAGAGGAAUCUUCCCAAGGAGACUUGUCGGCUCCCGUGGAGAAAACCUGCCCGGGGAAAGCAGCCCCCGAGAAGCCGUCGGACCCCUACAAGUACAGCAACGACGUGAGGCUGAGCCUCAGCAUCCUCCGGGCUGCCAUGCAGGGAGAGCGCAAGUUCAUCUUCGCCGGCCACCUCAAGACCAGCAACAGGCUCCAGUACCAGGAGGAGAUGAUCCAGCAGUACCUGCUGGACGCCGAGGAGCGCUUUUUGGCCGAGCAGAAGCAAAAGGAGGCAGAGAAGAAGGCGCUGGCGAGCGCUGCCCCCGCCAAGAGGCUGGAGCCGGAGCUGAACGCCCACAAGGGCGAGGAGGCGAUGCUCAGCCCCGCUUACCCCCAGCCUCCUCCUGCUUACGCCAUCCAGACCCCGGAUCUGGCCCUCGGCGCUAAGAUGGCAGCUUUUCCCUCCAGCUACUCGGGCGUCUUCACCUUCCCCCGGCCCUCCGUGGCCAGCAGCACGGAAGGAUCUCAUCCUCCCGGCUUCCCCGACGGCCGGAGGCAGGUGGCGGGGGGGCCCUGCAGCAGCCUCCCCCCUUACGCCACCCUCCCCAGGCACUGCGGCCAGGCCCGGCCGAGCCCCCACGCCUCCAGCCCUUCGCACGCCGGGCGAUUUUCCCCCACGGACACGGAUUCUCACCCCGGCUUCCCGGCGGAGCGCGACGGCCCGGGCGGCUCGGCACCGCACAGCAACGGCUGCCGGGAGCACGCGGAGCAGGACGGCUCGCAGAAAGGAGCGGACAAAGCGAGGGGCCGGGCUCUUUAUAACGUCCAGCAGACCAAAUGCAAGCAGCCCAACUGCAGCUUCUACGGGCACCCGGAAACCGGGAACUUCUGCUCCUGCUGCUACCGGGAGGAGCUGAAGCGCAAGGAGCGGGAGGCUCUGGUGCACAGGUUCUGAGCGCUCUGCCCGCGCUGCUCUCCGGACCCGUGGCACGUGGGGGAUGCAAUAACGCCCGGAUUUCCCCCCCCCCCCCUCCCCACGUUCCUCUCCUUGUCCGUGGAAGGAGGGAGGCGGCGGGCGCUUGGCCGGACGGGCCGAGGAGCG